GGAGGCGUCUCUCCCGCUCGCAGCAGCAGCAGCAGCAGCAGCAGCCUAGCCGUAGGAGCUCUCUUCCUCUCCCUCUCGCCUUGUGAUCCUCGCUUCUCGCGGGCAGCUCACCUUCCUCCUCCCGCCACUUCUCCCAAGAGCCAGCCAUGCACAUCGCGGCUCCUCUGCUCGCCUGGAUGCUCUGGACCGUCGGAAUGCCCUCGAAAGCUCGCUGCGGCCGCGCAGGAGACACCUUGUUGACUGAGAUGGAGAGGAAGGCUGCGGAUCGCUUCAGGGAAAUGCAGAAGAGCGUCCCUUUUCGGCUCCUCUAUAGUGCCACCGAAGGCAACGAAACUCCGCACGACCUGCUCGACACUCGCAUCGGCCGUGGCUCUGUUGGGAAGCAGUUAACUCAUAUUGCUCGAGCCAGCUUCCAGGUUGAUGCUUUUGGAUCUUCUUUCAUCCUGGAUAUAGAAUUAAAUCAUGAUCUACUGUCUUCAGAAUAUCUUGAGAGGCAUAUUGACCGCAAUGGGAAGACGGUGGAAGUUAAAGGAGGAGAACAUUGUUAUUAUCAAGGUCACAUCAGAGGGAAUCCAGAUUCAUUUGUUGCUCUGUCCACCUGCCAUGGACUUCAUGGAAUGUUCUAUGAUGGGAAUCACACAUAUCUUAUUGAGCCAGAAGAAAAUUGUACAUCUCAAGAGGAAUUCCAUUUACACUCUGUAUACAAAUCCAGAUUAUUUGAAUUUCCUUUGGAUUAUCUUCCAUCUGAAUUCUGGCACAUGAAUACUACAUCACAGAAAUUUGGUGUGAAAUCAAGAUAUAAAAGAAGAAAAAGGCAGGUCCAACUGAAUCUACCUAGAGUUGAAGAUGAAACAAAAUAUGUCGAGCUAAUGAUUGUAAACGAUCAUCUAAUGCUGAAAAAACAUCGAUUAUCAGUUGGUCACACAAACAGCUUUGCAAAAUCAGUAGUGAAUAUGGCAGAUUUAAUUUAUAAAGAACAACUGAACACCAGAAUAGUCUUGGUUGCCAUGGAAACCUGGGGUACUGAUAACAAGUUCACCAUAUCUGAAAAUCCACUGGUAACUCUACGUGAAUUUAUGAAAUAUAGGAGAGAUUUUAUCAAAGAGAAAAGUGAUGCAGUUCAUCUUUUUUCGGGAAGCCAGUUUCUCAGUAGCCGUAGCGGGGCAGCCUUUAUUGGCGGCAUUUGUUCACUGCUGAAAGGUGGUGGUGUAAAUGAAUUUGGAAAGCCAGAUUUAAUGGCUGUUACAUUGGCACAGUCAUUGGCACACAAUCUUGGGAUCUUCUCAGACAAAAGAAGGUUGCAAAGUGGUGAAUGUAAAUGUGAGGAUACAUGGUCCGGAUGUAUAAUGGGAGACACAGGUUAUUAUCUUCCAACUAAGUUCUCCAAAUGUGAUAUUGAGGAAUACCAUGAAUUUUUAAAUAAUGGUGGUGGAGCCUGCCUUUACAACAAGCCUUCCAAGCUCCUGGAUCCCCCAGAAUGUGGUAAUGGUUUUGUUGAAACUGGGGAAGAAUGUGAUUGUGGCGCUCAAUCGGAAUGUCAUGCUGAAGGUGAAGAUUGCUGCAGUUCCUGCACUCUAACUGCUAACUCUCAAUGCAGUAAUGGACUUUGUUGUAGAAAAUGUCAGUUUGAACUUAAAGGUGUGGUGUGCAGAGAAGCUGUAAAUGAUUGUGACAUUCCAGAGACAUGCAAAGGGGACUCUAGUCAGUGCUCUCCAAAUCUCUACAAAAUAGAUGGGUAUUCAUGUGAUAAUGAACAGGGCAUUUGUUUUGGAGGAAGAUGCAAAACAAGAGACAGACAGUGUAAAUACAUAUGGGGAGAUAAAGUGACAUCAGCUGAUAAAUAUUGCUAUGAAAGAUUAAAUAUAGAAGGAACAGAGAAAGGUAGCUGUGGCAGAGACAAAGAUACUUGGAUUCAGUGCAAGAAUGAAGAUGUUCUUUGUGGAUAUCUACUGUGUUCUAACAUUGCCUCUAAUAUUCCAAGACUUGGAGAGCUUGAUGGCGAAAUCACAUCUAUUUCUCUCCAAAAUUUGGGAAAAACUUUCAAUUGCAGUGGUGGUCAUGUGAAGUUGGAGGAAGAUGCAGACCUGGGUUAUGUAGAAGAUGGGACACCCUGUGGUUCUAGUAGAAUAUGCUGGGAUCACAGAUGUCUCUCAAUGGAUACUUUUAACUUCAGUUCCUGUCCCGGAAGUACAGAUGGCUUUAUUUGCUCAGGACACGGAGUUUGCAGUAAUGAAAUGCAGUGUGUCUGUGAGCAGUUAUGGACAGGUGUAGAUUGCAGCAAGCGUCUCAUGAAACCAAUUAUUGAUGGAAGCUUGCACAAUUCAGGUGUCACUAGCACAAAUAUUAUUAUUGGUGCUAUUGCUGGUACAAUUUUAGUGUUGGCUCUUAUUAUGGGAAUAACAGCAUGGGGUUACAGAAACUAUCGAAGACAGAGACAAAUUCCUCAGGGAGAUUAUGUUAAAAAGCCUGGUGAGGCCGACUCCUUUUAUAGCGACAUGCCACCUGGAGUCAGCACAAACUCUGCAUCUAGUUCUAAGAAGAGGUCAAACGGCUUAUCUCAUUCAUGGAGUGAAAGAAUCCAAGAUGCAAAGAAUCUUUCAGACAUCUGUCAAAAUGGGAGACCAAGGAGUAAUUCAUGGCAAG